UCACCGUCCGCAGGGCCGUUCGAUCGAAAAAUGUGUCUUCCGCUAUAUUUAAGUGCGACUUCGCGCACUGUUUUUUCGCGGCUGCUGUAGGACGGCCGGAAGAAUUCGCGCGGGCGUGAUUCGGACUCUUCAAGUAUCUCCGGGAUCUACAUAACGUCCUAUAUGUAACCGUGGAUCGAGCGAACGGAAACCGCAUCUCGACGUUAAUUCCCUGGCCGCAGAUGGUCAUCGUGGCGAUCCGAUUCCCAUUGAUUGUAUUUAUAGUGUGUCCUACGGUUUAUUUUUGCAUGCGGUGCGUUUGAGAAAAAGAUGAGCCUGUCCACUGGGUGACAGCGUUUUCCAUCCUCGCAUCGUAAGUCCCUUUAACCAUCGUCGGAUAUCUGAGUUUUCUUCCGUCGUCGGGUUUGAAGAAAAAAAAAAAGAAAUGAAAAAGAGCGAGAGAGUGAGCGAGAUACGGAGCUAGAGAAAGACGGAGGAUCCGACGACCACAUGUGGUGGUUUGCCUUCUCCCGCGGUGAAGGAACGGGCUAGCAAUCGAUUCUUGAUCAUCGAGCCCAGGCAAAGAUAUUUGAGAACGGAGCAACGGAGAUGGAGUCUGCUAUUGCCGGACGUAGGAGAACUACUGCGAGACAUUCUGCAGAGGAUCAGGCUCUUGAUCAGAUUGCCAAGGAGGCAGAAGCUAGAUUAGCCGCCAGGAGACAAGCGAGAGCCGAAGCUAGAGAAAUACGGAUGCGAGAAUUAGAGAGACAGCAGAAGGAGGCGGAAGAGAAUGCGGAUAGGGUGUACGACAUGUGUUCAACCGACGUGAACAGAAGUAUGAGAGUUACACCUGACUCCGUGAGGGCCUCGCGCCUUCUCACCAACUCCAACAACUUCCAGUCCAGUCGCAGAUCGUCCGAGGACUCGUUGGAGGACGCUGGCCUAAGCAGAGAUCUCAGGUUAGAGUUGAAAGAAUUCGAGGAGAAGUUCAGGAAGGCGAUGAUAGCCAACGCUCAGUUAGACAAUGAAAAGUCUUCGUAUGCUUACCAAGUCGAUUUAUUGAAAGACAAGCUGGAGGAGUUGGAGGAGACGGUUGCACAACUUCGUAGGGAACUCAGGGAGAAGAAUCGGGAGUCGGAUCAGUUGAAGAGACUCAGUCAGAGAUUGAAAGACGAGCUGGAAGUAUGCCAUGCACAACUAGAAGAAAGAGAUACGCUUAUACAAGAAAAUGGUUUAGUAAUUGUCGAGGAUGAAGGAAGCGAGAACGAGGAUAACGAGAUAGAGAAUGGGCCGCGUCCGAGACGAAGAGUACUAGUCAGCACGGAAGCAGCAGAACUGCUGCAAAACGCUGGACAGGGUUCGCUAGACGUCCGGCUGAGAAAGUUCGCGUCUGAGAAGAAAGAGUUGCAAGACGAGAUACGGCAUCUGGGAUUGGAGUUGGAGGAGACGCGAAAUCGCAUUAGGUCCGAGAGAUCGCCUGGUUCAGUAUUAGGUUGUUUGUCAGACUCCGAGGACGUGCAGCGAGAAGCAAACAAGCUGCUGGCGGACUACAAGUUCAAGCUACAGAAAGCUGAACAGGACAUGUCCACGUUACAGGCGACGGUCGCCAGGUUAGAGAGCCAGGUGAUACGUUACAAGUCCGCGGCGGAAGCGUCCGAGAAGGCGGAGGACGAAUUAAAAGUCGAAAAGAGAAAAUUACAAAGAGAAGUCAGGGAGACUCAGGGCAGAGUCGAGGAAUUGGAGACGGCGAAUUCUCAUCUACAGAGGCGACUGGAUAAAUUAAAAAACGCGAAAUCGACUCUGUUGAAAGAGCUUUGACGGGACGACUGUCCCGUAGAAUGAGUCUGCCAUUCUGUUCGAUUCGAGAACCGUGCGCCGACGUUGCCUCAAACACGAGAGUACUACUUAAUAAUUUAUGCGAACGGCACACGUGCAUAGAGAGUGAUCGUUACGCGGAUUUUACCAUGAUUUCUAAUUGAUUUCUUUUUUAAUAAUUGUAAAAUAUUAUGCAUACGAGUAGAGCAUUCCGAGGUGGCCACGGCCGUUAAUGGCUUAAUCGGAAUCCCAUACUUGGAUUUAAUUGUACGCGCUAAACUGCUAUGAAAGCUGUUUUGUAUUCAACACGUUCUUUUCUCUCUUUAUCUUCUCUUUUUCACACUAACAAUUACUUUGCAUUUCUCGGUUAAAAAAAGAAGAAGAAAACGAAGUAACAGCCUUUCCGAUGCAACAUAAUCAUUUUCAUCGCGUACCAAGCGAGAAUAAUUAUGAGUCGAUUCGUACUUUGUAUAUUAUUUGGAGGGGAAAACACAGGCUCGUAUAUCAUAAAUGGAAUUAAACAUUCGAACCGCACGCCGUCGUUCUCUCUUCUUUUUUUUUUAAAGGCCUGUGUUACUUUAGUUGUCGCUCGAGUAGAGGAGGCUUAAGGAUGUAUUGGCC